UCCACCAAGUACCCUCUCGGAUGUCUGAAAUUUAGACCGUGAGUGCCUCCUUCACUGGCCUACCUCUGUAUCGGUUGAAGAAUGAACAAACAAAUAAGGGUAGCUGCAAACGCUCCCCCAACUUACCAAAUCACAGGUAAUACACCAUAACUCGAAACAUUUCUGCUUGAAAAGCAUUACCCUUUCUCUUGUUUCUCUAGCUAUUGUUAACUUAGAUUCAUAUUUGUUCAAACUAAUCAUGACCCACAUUAGAAAACUUGGGAAUCCAUCUAUUAUUAAAUGGGUUUUUUCUCAUUUUCUUGAAAACCAACUACAAAUGUGUUCAUCUCGCAUUGCACAAAUGCACAACCCUAGAUUUUAUAGGACGAAGAGAUCAGCUGUGACUGGAAAAGACAGCGCUCGAAUCUCCCAUUCCAUCUUGAAAGAGGCUCAAGCUGCGUUGUUUGAAUAUCUGCAUUCUACUAGGGGUAUUCAGUCUAUGUAUGCAGAGAAUAUGAGCAAAAACUCACCCCAUUUCUUAGGAAAGCUUUUAGAGAAGGUUGAAAUUGUUAAUGAUGUUAGAAGAUCUAUGUCGAGGUUUUUGCGAUAUCAUCCGAUUAAUGAGUUCGAACCUUUCUUUGAGAGUUUGGGACUGGAGCCUUGGGAGUAUACUCCUUUACUUCCUAGGGAUUUGAUGUUUCUGAGUGAUGAUUGUUUAUUGCUAGAGAACUAUAGGGUCUUGUGCGAAUGUGGGAUUGAACGAAAGAAGAUUGGUCGAAUAUAUAAGAAAGCGGUUCAAGUGUUUCAACUUGAAUUCGGAGUUUUGCCGUUGAAGCUUCGAGCGUAUAAAGAACUCGGGCUUAGCCAGUCGUUUAUGGCCAAGAUUAUUGUAUGUAGUCCUCAUGUUUUGAUUGGGGAUGUAGAUAUGAAACUCAUUAAGGUAUCCGAGAUUUUGAGAUGUGCGGGAUUCGAUUAUGUGUGGAUCAAGGAGAACUUGUCCGAGGAGUCUUAUAAUUGGAGCAUGAUGUUUCGUGUUUUGAGCUUCUUUUGGGAGAUAUGUUGCAGGAGUGAGUUACACAGAUUAAUAAGCCAGCAUCCAAGGCUUCUGUUUGAGGGCUCCAGGGAUGGAUUGCUUUCACUAAUCACAUUCCUGUUGAGAUUUGGACUCCCUAUGGAUCAAAUAUCUUCUAUGUUUUUACAAUUUCCGAAAAUCCGAGUUUCGGAAUUUGUUUCAAAUUUUAUCAGAUGCUUUAUGUUUUUUCAUGAGAUUGGGAUGGCAGCAGAUGCGAUUGGAAAACUUGUGUGUUCUUACCCCAUAUUACUUGGUUCAUGCAAGUUGAAGAAAACUAAUAGUUUGCUUACUAACUUGAAUGUUGGUAAAAAGCGGCUUUGUAAAUACAUCCAAGAGAACCCUCAAGAAUUGAGUAAAUGGGGUAUGGGAACAAGAGUUAUGCCAUUACCAGACUCAGGAGAGGACACUGAGUCACAAAAGUUGAAGACGAAGUUCCUCUUAGACUUGGGAUACGGAGAAAACCCGGACACGAUGAAGAAAGCAUUCAAGGUGUUUCGAGGCAGGGGAGGAGAGCUUCAGGAGAGAUUUGAUUCUAUUGUGAAUGCUGGUUUGGUGAAGGAAGAUGUUUCUAAAAUGGUCAGGUUAACCCCUCAUAUCCUAAACCUAUCGAAAGCCGUCAUCCAAUCUAGGAUCGAUAUUCUAGUGAACGAAUUAGGUUUCCCUUUAUCCUCUUUGAUCUUAUUCCCCGCGUAUUUUACCUACACGACACAGAGGGUCAGGCUUAGAUUGGCAAUGUACAACUGGCUCAGAGAUCAGGAAAAGGUAGAGCCUGACCUGGCCUUGAGCACUCUUCUUUCAUGUUCGGACAAAAUAUUCAUGAGCCGAUAUGUAAAUAGUCAUCCUUGUGGCCUGCAAGUUUGGCAGGAUUUGAAAAGAAAAAUUUACCCUGGAUAAAUGAUAUUGUUUCCGUAUUUAUUU